AUGGCAGACUCAACAGUCCACACUUACAACCCGUUCGUCAAGCGCUCGUCUUACCAGCGUAGCUCCAUCUGGACCUACCAGGCUGCCAGCGCCGUGUCCUGGCUGCUCGUCGUUGGCUUCGGCGUCUACAGCUGCACCCAUCGUGGUGGCCACAAGAGCGCGCCAGAGCACGACCACGUCCUCGCACACGAUGACCACCUCAACGCCUUCUCCCAGACCAAGGUAGUCACCGGUAUCUACUGGAUUAUUCUUCUUGUCUCCCAGCUCGGCUACAUCAGCCAGCUCUGGAGCUCGGAUGAACAGCAUGUCACCACGGCCGCCAACGUCGCCCCUUACUUUGUCCUCAACAACCUCUUCGUCUUGGCCUUCACCUUGCUCUUCGUCCACGCCAAGUUCUGGUGGGCAGAGGUCUUUGACAUCCUCAGCUUGAUCAACCAGGCCACCGUCUACUGGAGCUUCUCGGACCUGCACCCGUUCAUCCACUUCCCCGUCGUGGCCGGUCCCUAUGCCUGGUCCCUGCUUACCUUCUUCUGGAACGGUGCCGUGGCCGUGGGCAGCAACAGCACGCCCAUGAGACUCGUAGCCAACAUCUUCAUCUGGGUCUACUUCGUCUACGGACAGGCUCACAUCGUCAUCCGCAACGACCACUACUUCGGAUACGCUCUCAGCUUGUUGACCUUCUCCCUCUCCCUCAAACAAUUGGCCAUCAAGAUCAUCUCCCUCCAGUGGAUCUUUGCCUUCACCAUCUUCGGUGUCUUCAUGGUCUCUUCCCUCUACAGCACCACCACCAACUUCCUCGGCCUCAACUUCUUCCUCGUGCCCCGCGAGGAGCCAGAGCAGGCUGACCGCGAACGCGAGCCUCUUCUCGCCAACGAGUAG